UUUGCUUGAAGACUUAACCAAAUUGGUCAGGAGCCAUACCCAUCAACGGCCACGAUAGAUUCACAAAUGGAGGUGUGCGAAAUUUACAGUGAAGCUGAAGGGUCCGAUCUUGAUUCGUUUUCGGAUGAUUCGGCAGGAGAUCCCGAUUUUGACAUAACCGAAGAAACCUAUAGCAAGUUUUCAAAUCUCUCAAUCGGAAAGAAGAAGGCUAAGACGAGUAUUUUUGAUGGUGAGGUUUGGCGAAUGGAGAUUGACCCAGAUGAGCAGAAGACUGAACCCGGUCUUGAUGAGAAUGAUGAGAAAAAUUUUGAUAAAGUACAAAAAAUCAUAGAAGAGAAAGAAUUGGAGAAACUAAAAGUACCUGAAUGCAAGUUGUAUCUGAGGAAGAAUGGACUGAGAUUGACAGGAAAUAAGGACACACUCAUUCAACGAAUAAGGGAGCAUCUCGAGAUUAUAAAUGGUGGAGGAGAGAGGAAGUACCCGCCUUCUAGCUUUGUUCAGAAUUGUAAAGGUGAUGCAUGCACCGGUGAUGUUGUUCUGUUUGAGCAAAAUGUCUACGAAAUGUUCAGCGUAGCAUCUAGGAGCGCCAGUGGUCCGCCUUGUGGCAAAAGUAUUGUUGCAGGUCGUAUAGUGAAGGAAAGCUAUGGCGCUGCGAAGCAGCAGCAUACAUUUACGAUUGAAGUACUGUGGAGCAAGGGAGAGAAGCUUCUUCCUCCACUGUACCCCCUAUUAAUUAAGGGUCGAAACCUUUAUAGGUUGAAGACUUUGAGACAGAGAUGGGAUGAUGAAGGGAAAAGGCAGAAAAUUUUGAUGGAAAAACACUCCAGGGGAAAUGCUGCAAGGGCCAACAGAGAAGCAAGGAUACAAGAAAAGGAAAGGAGGAAAACAAGUAGGGACAACAGGGUUUCCAGGAAGGAGUUAUCAAGUAACCAAUCUCAAUCACAUCCACUCACGACGAAGACACAAUAUCAACAUCAAGAAUCCAGAUGCAUCGAUCGAGCGAAGCUAAAAUUAUGCUUUGAACAAGGCCAAAGAGUUGCAACAAGGCCUCACCAUUUCAAAGAGAAACUCAUCGCUUCUGAGCUUACUGAGAAUUACUGUUGCAGUACAUCGACAAACAGGCUUGCACAAUGGUCUUACCAGAGAAAACCUUUGACAAGCGCCAAUUACUUGUUUCCGUUAACCCUAAACGGAGAAUCCUUUAAGCAAAAACAACCUUGCAAAUAUUAUGAUCAAGGUAGGUGUCGUUUUGGAGACAACUGCAGAUUUUUACAUGAUGUCAGAUCAUAGCUUUCUUCUUA